UUUGAAAAUGACAUCUUCUGAGAAACACAGGGAAGCCGACUGUGUAACGACGAAGGAGAUUAGAGAUGUCGCACCGGCGCAUUAUGUGCUCCACUUUAAGUCCUUCUCUUUGUUCGCCAAGAACAACAUGGAGAAGUAUGAAUCGAGCGAGUUCGAAGCAGGAGGCUGUAAAUGGAAACUGAUCCUUUAUCCCAAUGGAGACAAGAGCCGAAACGGAGAAGACCACAUCUCCGUAUAUCUGGCAGUUUCCGGGACGAGUCCUUUCCAACUUGGCGGGGAGAUUCACGUGGCCGCCAGGUUCUCUUUGUAUGAUCAACUCUGCGAUAGAUAUCUAACCGAACAAGUAAGAGCCGCAAGAUUGCACGCGUUGAAAGCCGAAUGUGGGGUCCCGAGAUUCAUGCCGCUUAAAAUUUUCGCCGACCCGUCCAAUGGGUACCUCGUGGACGACACCUGUGUCUUCGGUGUGGAGGUCUUCGUCAUCAAGAGUUCGGGAGUUGGCGAACGUUUGACGCUAAAGGAGAGCACAUCGUAUACUCAUGAAUGGAAGAUAUCGGGGCUGUCAAAGUUGGGGGAUGAAUAUCUGGUCUCUGAUGUAUUCACUCUUGGAGACCACGAAUGGUAG